AUGCAGAGUGUUAACGCUCCAAACAAGAAGCUACUAGCUAAUGUACCUACAAAGGUUCGCUUUUAUAUUAAAUACGACCCCAGUCAACCACCUCCGAAGUUGGUGGAAAUUCGUCUUAACGCCAAAACCGUUUGUCCUGAAAAGGGAGCGACGACCGAGGCUCCAGCAAGUACUGAUAUGUACUUUACAAGCCCUGAAUUGACAAUUCCAUUAAGUACUCAAACACCUAUUGAAAGACCUAUUCAACGACCAUCAAGACCUUCUACAAGACCUACUGUAGCUGUAAAUCCACCAGUCAGCUCUAUUGAUAAUUUUUACGGGAACAAUAAUGGAAGGCCUUCUAGUUCAGAAGACGAUGAUUUCUUUAUGGGAGACUUUGCUUUGUGGGGAAAACCAAGACCUAAUAGGCCACAGUAUCUAGAAGAACAAUGCGGAAUCGUUAUUAAACCUGCUCAACCUUUAAUAACAUAUGGAGAACCAACAAGAGAAGGAGACUUUCCUUGGCACGCAGCCCUCUAUCACGCAAGAGGAAUAGAUCUAACAUACAUAUGUGGCGCAACUCUUAUUACUAGAUUUCAUUUGAUCACUGUAGCCCAUUGUGUAACCAGAUUAAAAACACAAAAUGCUUUAUCUCCAAGUAGUCUUAUGGUUUAUUUAGGUAAAUAUUAUUUAAAAGUAUGGUCCAAUCCAGGUAUCCAGGACAGGCAAAUAGAAAAAAUUAUUGUUCAUCAGAAUUACAAUUCCCGUACGUUCCAACAUGAUAUCGCCAUUUUAAAGCUACUAGAACCGGCCGAAAUAACAAACUAUGUAAGACCGGCAUGUUUGUGGGAAGACGACAAAAAUUUGGAAAGUGUUAUCGGAAAGCAAGGUACUGUCGUCGGUUGGGGAUUUGAUGAGAGCGGCAGGGUCACUGAGCAACUAACGAAAGCUCACAUGCCUGUGGUGUCGCAAGAAACCUGCAUAUACUCGUUUCCAGAGUUCUAUUCCAGAUUUACUUCUGACCAUACUUACUGCGCAGGCUUUAACAAUGGUACCUCAGUAUGCAAUGGUGACUCUGGCGGCGGAAUGGUGUUCCCAAAGAGAGGUUCAGAUCCAAACAACCCCAUUUGGGAGAUAAGAGGAAUGGUGUCCAUAAGCGUGGCGUUACAAAAUCAAUUCCGAUGUGAUUCCUCGCAUUACGUAGUAUUUACUGAUAUAGCUAAAUAUUUGGACUGGAUCAAUAACGCUCUCAAUCUUUAA